CCCGGCGGCUGCCGCAGCCUCCGCUCGCCCGGCCGCAGCCUGCCGCCCGCGGAGUCCCAGCCGGCGCCCCCAGCGCCUCGACGUGGGCUCCUGGGCCGCGCCGGCGGGCAGGCGAUGCUCCAGCCGCCCGGGCAGCCAUGGAGGCCGAGGCGGGCGGCCUGGAGGAGCUGACGGACGAGGAGAUGGCGGCGCUGGGCAAGGAGGAGCUGGUGCGGCGCCUGCGGCGGGAGGAGGCGGCGCGCCUGGCGGCGCUGGUGCAGCGGGGCCGCCUCAUGCAGGAGGUGAACCGGCAGCUGCAAGGCCACCUGGGCGAGAUCCGCGAGCUCAAGCAGCUCAACCGGCGCCUGCAGGCCGAGAACCGCGAGCUGCGCGACCUGUGCUGCUUCCUGGACUCGGAGCGCCAGCGGGGCCGCCGCGCCGCCCGCCAGUGGCAGCUCUUCGGGACCCAGGCGUCCCGGGCGGUGCGCGAGGACCUGGGCGGCUGCUGGCAGAAGCUGGCCGAGCUGGAGGGCCGCCAGGAGGAGCUGCUGCGGGAGAACCUGGCGCUCAAGGAGCUGUGCCUGGCGCUGGGCGAGGAGUGGGGGCCCCGCGGCGGCCCGGGGGGUGCGGGGGGCGCGGGCGCCGGGCCCACCCCCGAGCUCGCUCUGCCGCCUUGCGGGCCCCGCGACCUGGGCGACGGCAGCUCCAGCACCGGCAGCGUGGGCAGCCCGGACCAGCUGCCCCUGGCCUGCUCCCCUGAUGACUGAGGACGCCCGUCGGCAGUGACCGGGGGCUGGCCUGGACUUGGCAGCCCCGGCCUGGAGCGGAGGGACUCGCUGGGGGCUAAUAAACCGGGAAGGAAGCCGA